UCUCCCUGCAGCCUGUCUGCGCCCUUGGCGCCCUCAAGCCCCUUUCUGGGAAUUCCCAGAAUCCUCGAGCCCUCCUCCAGGGCCAUGGGCAUCUGGGUUGGUUGGGGGUGAUGGGAGUUGUAGUCCCAAACUCAGUCCCUGCACUCGCUGAGGGCGCCACCCCUUUCCCUGUUGUCCUGGCGCGCCCUCUGGCGGCAGCAGAAAGGGCGGCUUCUCCCCUCCAGGCUCCCGUUCCUCGAACGCCUUGCAGAGUGGGACGGGUCUCCCAGUGGUCAUCUACGCCAGCCCAAACCUGGGCCUGAUCCUGCUGGAAAGCAGUCCUAUCCUGACCAACACCCAGCACCUGUGGCCCAAGGAAGUGGUAUAAAUGGCUGGGCCACAGCUGGGACAAGGAUCCUGUCUUCCUCCGGUGCUGCAAGAGCAAAGGGCCAGUAUGAGGUGGGAUGCCAGGGGUCUGGGGGCCUUGGCCUGGAGUCUGGCGGUUGCAGUUGCUGUUGCUCAACGGGCGCCUGCGAACUCUGUGUUGUACGAAUGCAACAGGACCAGCGUCCAUCUUGUUGUCCAGAUGGACCCUUGGGGGGCCGGUCUCGGUCUGGAUCCAGAGUACUUGCGCCUGGGUAGCUGCUCCCCAUCCUUCGAGGAUCGCCGCCAGCGCCUCUUCCACUUUGAGCGCAACCUAAAGGAGUGUGGUUUUGCGCGGCUGAGAUCCGGCAGAACAGUUGAGUACUCCGCUCAUCUGGUCUAUAGGCCCCUAUCCAGCCAAAGUGGACUCUACAACGGCCCCUUCGCAGAGAGAAUCAACUGCACCACUUAUGAGGCACAGCCAUGGGUUCCUGCAAAGGUGGCAUCAGUGACCGGGCAUCUCUUGGCUUCUAGUGGCCUCCUCUUCACAGCAAUGUUCAUGAAAGAGGAUUUCACCGCUCCGUCCGACUCGGCCACCGUUCUCCUGGGCACACAGAUCCACAUUGAGUUUGCCGUGCAGAACAUCUUCCACCAGCCGCUGCAAGUUUUCGUAGACGAGUGCGUAGCUGCCACAUCUCCCGAACUAAGCAUGUUGCUCAGGAACCACACCGUCGUUGCAAACCAUGGGUGCGUUGUGGAUGGCAAGGUUGCAGAUUCACAAUUCCUCCCGAGAAGAUCUCCGGAUGCCCUCCGCCUCUCUUUGCAAGCUUUUGGAUUUCUCGGUCUGCGCAAGGAUGUCUACCUUCAUUGCUUGGUUUUCGCUUGGGACCCCAAAGUACCCACCGACCCCAUGAGGAAGGCCUGUUCCUUUCGCAGAGAUGUCAAUAGGUGGCAACCACUGGACGAUCCCACAAGUUCUGUGUGCACCUGCUGCGAUUCAGUGUGCCAGGCAUCUGGGUUUCGCCAUAGGAGAGGCCUCAGAGGGGCCUUGAUGGGGACCGACCCGCUGCAGUCCAAUGUGGCGGUGGGCCACCUGACCAUUCGGAAACCGUCCAGUUAUGAGUGGGCUGCAAACAGUUCCUUUGGCCUCCGAGGGCAUCGCAAAGCUGGAGACCGAGACGUGAUGCCGCCGGCCAUAGGAGCGCUGCUCCUGGAGGUCACCGCGAUGGCCGUCCUCUCCUUGGGCUACUGCUUCUACAACGGCUACCAGAAGAAGAUACUCUGGCCCUACAUUCGGGGGGCUGGGAAGCUGGCCUGUGGAAGUAUCAAUGCAGAUGUGAAAUACACUUAAUAAAUACUAAUACUAAUAA